AUGGGUCUUCAUACCCUACAUUUAGUUCUUUACUACAAGAAAAACCCAUUUGGGAUUUUUGACGUAGACCCUUUAAGGGUUUCUUUGUCAGAGGUUCUUUGUUUGUACCCACAAAUUACGGGUCGGUUGACCCGAAGGGAGUCAGGUAAUUGGGAAGUGAAGUGUAAUGAUGCUGGUGUUAGAGUUUUGAGAGCAAAAGUUGAGGCCUCUAUUGAUGAAUGGUUGAGGUCAGCUGAUGGUUCAGAGGAGAAAGAUCUAACGUUUUGGGAGGAAAUGCCCGAGGACCCUAGUACAUGGGCACCCUUUCGAAUUCAGGUAAAUGAAUUUGAAGGAGGAGGGGUAGCUUUUGGACUAAGUUGUACACACAUGAACGCAGACCCAACAUCCAUAACUCUACUCUUCAAAUCCUGGAUUGAGAGUCACCGCCAGGAGCCCAUUGAACACCCACCCUUUUUCAACUCAACCAUAUUCCAUCACCAACAAGUUCCUAAUACCAGCACUAACUCAACCAAUUACUAUGCAACUAAGGCCAACGCAAAAACUCCUGCAGUGAAAAUGGUCACAUCCACGUUCAAGUUCUCUAAUUCAGCAAUCAAGAAAUGCCUCAAUAAAGUGCACGAUCAAUGUCCUAAAGCCACUCCAUUUGAUUUGCUUGCUGCACUCUUCUGGACUCGUGUUAUGCACCUAAAGGCUCCAAAACAUGACAACAAACACUCCCUCUCCAUUUGUCUAGACUUUAGAAGGUUAGUGCAGCCACCAAUCCCACUAGGUUACUUCGGCAAUGCGUUGCAGUUUUCACUGCUAACGCUAAAUGAGGAAGAAAUGAACUGCGGUAAGUUGGGACAUGUGGUGGAGUUGGUGCAUCGCCAUGUGUCAGGUGUUGGUGAAGAGGAGGUUUGGUCUGUCGUAGAUUGGCUUGAAUCUCAGAAGGAAGAGGGAGGGAAGUAUGCACCACCUUUUAGAAUGUAUGGUCCUGAGCUAACUUGUGUCAGUAUGGAACAUAUGAUCACAGGGCACAAAUCAUUGAUGUUCUCUGCGAGUUUCAAGAGUGAUGAAAAGCCAGUUCACGUGGCAUGUCAUGUUGGCAACGUGGAAGGUGAAGGUCUGAUUAUGGUGCUGCCUUCAGCAGAAGAAGGGCUUGCUAGGACAGUGAUGGUAACCUUGCCGGAGGAGGAGAUGCCUAAAUUAUGCGAGGAUCAAGCUAUCCAGCGUCUACAACCAACAAUGCUGAUAAGUGGUACUAGAUAG